ACCUACUUCCCUGCUCAAGAUCCCUGUUCUGGUUUCAGCAUCACUGAUUAGAUUUCCAGAAUGGUUUUUCAAAUAUUUGGGAUCCUCCUGUUUUUCAGUGUUGUUCAAGGGCAAUUUUAUUCCACUGGACCGCUUGCUACCACUGGUGGGAAUGCUAACGGUGCACUGUGUGUCUUUCCUUUUGUGUACCGUGGAAAGACUUAUGAGUACUGCACCACUGAUAACUGGUGGCCAAGACACCCCUGGUGUGCUACAGUCAGCAAUUAUGAUAUAAAGCCCGAAUGGGGAUAUUGCCCAACUUCAGGUAUUGUUGCAGUUGGGGGAAAUCUUGAAUCUGAGUGCGUCUUCCCAUUUGUCUACAAGGAAAAAUCGUAUUUCUCAUGUACAGACAAAGAUAGGGACAGGCCCUGGUGUUCAUUAACUGAUAAUUAUGAUGUGGAUGAAAAGUGGGCUUACUGUGCUAGUGGUGACAUCCCCGAGAUUGGUGGAAAUGCCGACGGUGAUCCUUGUGUAUUUCCUUUUAUCUACCAUGGGAAGAGUUAUAACAAAUGUGUAGCUGACUGGAAAGAAGGGGGGUCUUGGUGUGCAACAACCUCAAAUUAUGAUGAGGACAAAAAAUGGAGCACAUGUCCUUCUUCACCAGUUGCUACCACUGAAGAGCAUUCAGACGGUGCACCAUGUGUCUUUCCUUUCAUAUACCAUGGAACGACAUAUUAUCACUGCACCACUGACAAAUGGUGGCCAUGGAGAGAAUACCCCUGGUGUGCUACAGUGAGCAAUUACGAUAUAAACCCCAAGUGGGGAUACUGCUCUACAUCAGGAAUUCGAACAUUUGGAGGAAAUGCUGAGGUGGAUUGUUUCUUUCCAUUUAUCUACAAAGGAGAACAAUACUCCUCAUGUAUUAAAGGUGAUAAAAGCAAGUACUGGUGUUCUGUAACCAGUGACUAUGAUGUGGACAAACAGUGGGGCUACUGUGAUGGUUAUGACACUCCUGAAUGAAGAUGGGUUCACAGCACCUCUGGUGUUAAACAAAAUGCGGAAUCAUCAUCUUAAUGAAGGGAUUGGCUCUGACUACAAAAUGCAAACUGCUUAAAUGUUUUUGGUUUUUUUCUGCUUAAUUAAAGUCAAAAAACCAUAUUGUAAUCACGUCUUAAUGCACAGGGGAAGUGAAUAAACACUGAACCCUAAAUGCUAUGAUUUGAUAGUUAUGUUUUUGUAAUGCAUAUCCAUAAUACAUUUAUGGCAUGCUUGUGACUAAUUCCUAAAUGUAACGUUAUAGCAGAACGCCAAUAAUAAGACAUUUGCCAUUGCUUUGUCAUUUCUUUAAUACAGCAAACUAUUUACAUUAAGAAUUCUAUGUCUGUGUCAUAAUUUAAAAAAAAAAAUGCUGGAAAAGUGUGUCUGCAUUCCUGUCAUAACAUAAUCUAACAUAACUUAUGAGACAGUGACUCCAAAAAUGUAUUGGUAAAGCAGAAGGUCACUAAUCCAAAGCAGCUGGGACCAACCCUUUAAUAGAUUUGUUGAUGAUCUGAUACAUUCUAUACCAUACUUAAAUGCCUUUUCUGGUCUUUGUUUAUGUCUUUGAGACUAUCCUAACUUGUAUUUAAUCAAAAUCAAUAAAAUGUACUAUACAUGAGCAGGAACAAAGAAAACAUUUGGCUUGGCGUUUGCAGUUCUAUUAAAUUCACCCACAUAAUCAGCAUGCAUUUCACGUUGAAUCGGAGCCUGGUUUGAAUUAUAGGUCAAUUUAGACUAUGGGGUCUGGAUUUGUGAGUCUUUUGUAUUAUUUUGCUAACCUUUCUUAUGAAAAAUGUAAUUUUCUUAUGAGCUGUACACACACGUACAGUAUAUGAAUAGGUGCAGUACAGUUCUCAUUAGUAAGGCAGAAUCACUAGCAGAAACAUAUAGAACAGAUUGGUUGUAUCGUGACUUGUUUGGGCUCCUUCUCUCCUUGUUUUUGCUCCAGAAGCCAUCAUGUCAUCAUUUCUGCCUGCUGCUGAUUUUCUACUAACAGGAAUAACUUCUGUAAUGAGGGCUAUCCUCAGCUUCGGUCUGUAGACUGCUGGGAAAUUAUACAAACAGAUAAACAUGCUGGCACAGAUCACACAGCAACAAGCCAAUAGCCAAAGCAUGCAAUGAAAAAGUAAUCUACUGCAGUAGGCUCUUUGUACUGGCAAUGUUUGUUUUUGUGGUAAAUACUGUUACUGGCCAAUUUGAUAUGUUUUGAAGGUUUGCAAAGAUGGUUUAUGUAGUUAAACACUGGGUAGAUGAGUCAAUAUAUAAAGGCAGCAGUUAAGAAAUGAUAAUAAAAAAACACAUAUUUUCUAUCAUUUUAGAAAUAGGUAUUUCUGGCACCAUCUUGUGGCUUAAAAAAACAACCCACUGAGGGCCUGUACUGUAGCUUAUCUCAGUGGGUCAAAAAUGCACAGUAUCGUACAUAAAAUGCUGUGUCUAAGUUAAAAUGACAAAUAAUGGGAUCUUGUCUUAUGCAUAGAUAUAUUCUUCUGUUGCUAUGCCCU